UAGCGCCAAAAUUGAUCUGUCAGAAGUUGUCAGAAUUGUGAAGAACUACCGAAAAAGGCUUUUUUCUGCAAAUUAUGGGGUGGUGCAUCGCAUGCAAGGCAAAGACUUCAAAAGGAAUAAAAAUCUGCUACUUCCCUAAAGAUGCAAACCGGAAAGAAAUAUGGGUCCGGAAUAUUGCAAAGGAGGAUUGGAUACCAACGAAAAAUUGCAUUCUAUGUGAGAUACAUUUUGCUCCUGAAAUGUGGGAGAAGGUGCGUGAAGAUGGAAAAAAAAAACUAAAAGGACAUGCAAUCCCUACAAUUUUUCCACGAGCUGAUGUCCGCAACUUCAGAAUGCAAAGUUGUAAUCAACUGACAACAAAAAAUGCUGUUGACGCUAUUCCAGCAAAUUUGGAAGAACUGGUUGAAGUGCCGGCAACCAAGGAAAUUAUCAUCAGCGAUAAGAUUUCCGUUAUUCUGGAGCCGAUCUGCAAUGUGGGAGUCUGCGGUGUGGAGGUAGAAACGGACGAGCUGGAUGAGCUUCAGCCAACAAUUGAGCCGAAAAAAGAAGAUCUUAAUAAAUGGGCCAAAGAAAUCAGGACAUUGCGGGAACAGCUGGAGAAUACGAACAAGAACCUGAAGAAGGUAAACAAGGACCUGGAGAUAGCGAACAAGAUUAUCCAGAAGAGUCACAGUAUAAAGAAACGGAUGAAAGGGGAAAAUCGAAAACUUCGCAAGAGGAUACAGCAGCUGCAGGAUACCACCGCGAACGUAAAAAAAUCUAACGACAUUAUCACUACAUUCCCAAAUUCCAUGACAUUUUCAAAUUCUUCUAAAAAUGUCUUGGAAAUUUUCUGUGUUGGUCAUUGA